CCGCCGACAACUACGACGACGACGACGAUGACAUUUCCACGCUCCCUUACCCAACCGAACUCCCUCGAUCAGACUUCCUGCAGCCUCAGUUUGACGCUCAAACAUACCUCUCCUCUCUCCGAAACCGCCAUCAAACCCUGGAAGACUUGCGUUCAGAUCUGCGAUCGAGGAGUCAACUGCUAAACAAGGAGCUACUGGAUCUGGUGAAUGGGAAUUAUGAAGAGUUUCUAUCUCUAGGGGCCGAUCUCAAAGGAGGCGAGGAGCAGGUGGAAGGUGUGAGAGUGGGCGUUUUGGGGUUUGGGAGGGAGGUGGAAGGCAUCAAGAAGGAUGUCCAGGAGCGAAAGGACGAGGUCAAAGGACUGCUGGACGAGAAAAAGAAUAUUCGGCGGGAAGUGGUGAUUGGGCGGCUGCUGCUGGAUAUCAACGAGAGGUUGUCCGAGCUUGAGAGCAGUUUGGGAAUCAACAUGGAUGCUGAAGAAGAGGAGGAGGAUUUUGACGAUGAUGGGGACGCCGGAGACGACGAUAGUGAUGCUACUACACUUGGAAGAGCGCAGUUGAGGCGGUUGCAGAGACAUGCCGAGCAGUUUCUCAUGGUGGAGAGGUUGAUUGAACGGAUUGGUCCAGAUCAUCCCUUUCUCGUUGCGCAAAAGGGACGACUGGAUGAGAUCAGAAAGACCCUACUGCUAGAUCUCGCGACUGCGCUACGUCAAGCAAAGGCGGACAAGUCCUCGGAAAGUGUGCUGCUUGCUAUGAAGCUCUACUCUGACCUUGGCGCCGAGGCGGAUAGCGUGAAGGUGUUGAAAGCUGGAUGAGGAUGUGGUUCCAAGGCUUGGGCCGUGAUCGAUACCUGCCCCAUUCUUUCGCGACAAUCGGGAUGCCAGAUCGGAGGCUAUUGAGAUCUUCCUCUCCGCAUUACCACUUUCGCCCGAAGCCCCUUGGAGAGCAAAAUGGUUUCGCGAUGAUCUCAUGCGAUAUUGCGAGUCGCUGUACACUACGGAGAGAUGCUUCCUCCAAGAAGAAGACGAAACGUGCGACUGCGGAUGCGAUUUCACCAGAACCUGAUAGUGGAGAUGAGAUCGUUAUGGGCAGUGAUGGCGAUGGUCUCGACAGUGGUGAUGCAUCUGAUAGAGGAGAAAGUUUUCCAGACGCUUUUCCAACCCGUACUCCCUUUGCAACACGAUAUUUGCGUAGUCCGGCUCCGGACAAUACGCCCGGGGCUGGUGACCAAUAUGGUGUUCCCCUUGACUUGACAAUACACGUCUCACGCCUGAGUUUUGAGAGGCAACGCGAGAAUUUUCGAUCUGAAAGGCAUUAUUUUCAGGCUACACGGGCGAGGUAGGAGCAGCUUUUGCGGCGAGUGCAUGUGAUUAUACAAAGGAUGAGUACGAUGGGGUGGAUGGAAGGCUGAUCAACAUCGCCCACCAUAGAUGGACGACACACACGUGGAACGAGACGGCGAGCAAGUCACAUCAUCAGGAGAUCAUGUUGAUCCUCCAGCUUGCAUAUAUCCAGCAAGGCCAUCCGCGCCUCAAGAGUUCUGCCUCUCGGAAGACUUGCCGCAUUGUGAGCGUACAUGUCCCUCCAUGUGUUCGUCGUGUGACAGACAAGUGCGCCUUCAAUCGAUGCCGACGGGGACACCGUGAAACGCGAAUGUUGUCCAAAUGUAACAGCCAACCUUUACAAACUCGCAGACUCGACAAUCCUUGAGUUGCACUCGGAUGCUCUGAGCACUCUUAACGCCGACGAGGUAAUACGAACUGACGAUGACAACAAGAAUCGUCUCGUUUUAUCCCUACGUUGAUCCCCGAGCCAAGUAGUACGGCUAGACCAAGCAGAGAAGUCUUCUCUGUGUGUCGAAUUGUAAGACUGCCAGCACAUAGGCUAUGUUGUAAACGUGUGACUGUGUCUGCCGAGUCUGCCGACAUCACUGGUGGCUAGUCGUAGCCGAACCCGCAACUGCGCAAUCGACACAGCAUUGAUCAGCAGGAUGAUAUAAGAAAUCCAACUCGGCCAUCGUGGUCUACGACUUCAAGCAGAAGACCACUACAUUCCCCCUUGAUCUCCUUUCGACCAGUCGCCAUGUCAGACACGCAAGACUUGGUAACGUCAGAUACGCAAGACUACGAGAAGGAUAUGCCACCGCUACGGCGCCACUCUCCCAAACCGCACAGGAGCGUCAAUUGGCAAUUCAAUCCCAACCCGGUCAGUGCUGUCGAGGACGUGGCCAUUCCUCGAGCGGUACUCGAAAAGAUCUAUCUCAGUCCUCCAACCGACGUCAAAGGGGACUUCCGAAACACAUUCGCCAAUCCCACACCCCUAGGCCUUGUCGGGUUCCUCGUCGCCACCAUGCCCGUAGCCUUCCAACUCAUGGGCUGGCACCAUUCGGGCGGCGGAGGAGCUGCAACUGUAGCUCUCUCCUUUUACUUUGGCGGCAUCCUCCAGCUCAUCGCCAGCGUCAUGGAGUGGUUUCUCGGCAACACACUCUCCUUCCUCAUCUUCGGAGCCUUUGGCGCCGCAUGGCUCGCACUCUCCAGCAGUUCCAUGUUCAACGCCGAAGGAGCCUACACGGCCCUCGCGCACACGCCCACCGAAGUCGCCGCAGCCGAAGCAGAGUUCAAUUCCAGUUUCGCGUUUGGCUUGAUCACUUUUGGACUCUUGACUCUGACAUUUGCCUUUUGCGCCCUCCGCACCAAUGUCAUCUUUGUGUUUUGUUUCUUCCUCGUCACAGUGGCGAUAUUCAUUUUUGCGGCUUCGUACUGGGCACUGGCGGAUGGUCAUACCGACGUCGCCAUCGAGAUGCAGAAAGUGGUGGGAGCCAUGUUUUUCGUCUGUUGCAUUUGUGGUUGGUACCUGCUCGUGGCGAAUUUGUUGGAAGUGCUCGAGUUCGGCUUCUCCUUGCCGAUUGGCAAUUUGAGUGACAAGCUGGGAAGAGUUGGGAAGGGCAAGAUGCCGAUUUAUCGCGAUCGUUCGAAGAGUGUGUGA